UUAAAGAGCAGGUGUCUAGCAUUAACAGCGUGUGCACUGUGUGGCAGACAGCGAAUCUUGUUUUUACGCGCAAGAAAAUGAUGUGAAUCCCCUCAUGUACGUUGCUUUAAGUUUCAGCGAGAAUGUAUGAAGCUAUCCAGCCCACAUGUUUCUUCACGGCAGCGCAGUUUCACUUGUCAAAAGCACAGCGAGAGAGAAAAAACAGAAAAGCGGAUGCGCCUGAUGUGUGUCAGUAGACUCGCUCAAUGUGCGAUGAUCGUUUUGUUCGAGUGAGACUGAAGCUCCAGCUCGCACUGCGCAAACCUCGCAUCAGCGCUUUGACAUGGGGAGCCGGGGGGUGGGCAGGGGGCUUGCAGAGUAAAUAUAACGAAUUACGAGUCCGGUACUAACACCUGAAGCUUAAGAUGUUCUCCAAAAAGACGAGGGAACUAAUAAAGACGCACUCGAUGUCUAAGAAGAGCCGAACAGGAAGCAGCAACCCAGCGCCUCUCAGCUCUCCAUCACUGUCCGCUCUUCAAGAACAGCCUAGGAAAGAUGCAGUGGACAGUGUCACCUCUUCAUCCCAAACGUCCUCCAGUCUGUCUCCCCCUAUCGUAGAGGUCUCGUCGUCCUGUCCAGGUACGCCUUUGACCCAGCACUCAAAGGCGCUGGGCUGCCCAUCUCCGAUGGGCACCCUGAAGCGGCCCACUUCUCUGAGUCGCAAUCCCAGCGCUGCCGGCUUCCCCAUCCAAUCUUGGGUGUUCAGUAAGGGUGCAGGAAAAUCCGUCAUUGCCCAGAGCCCUUCACCAGAGACAGCUGACACCACAGUGGCCAUCGAGGUGGAGGACAUCCCGUCCCUGCUGCGCAGUGUGGAACGCUUUGCCAAAGCGGUGGAGAAACUAAAGGAUGUCGUGCUUGAAGAUAAGCAGGAGAACCGACGUCCGCUGGCUCACGAGUGUCUGGGUGAAGUGCUGCGGGUCCUGCGGCAGGUCAUCAGCAUGUACCCACUGCUCAACACCGUGGAGACGCUCACCGCUGCUGGAAAACUCAUCUCACAGGUCAAAGGUUAUCACUAUGAAUCGUGCAUUGAACCAGAAAAGAAGGAUUUUGAGAAGGCCAUUGAGACAAUCGCUGUGGCUUUCAGCAGCAAUGUUUCGGAGCUGCUGAUGGGAGAGGUGGACAGUAGUACACUGUUGUCAGUGGUGCCCACUGAGAAAAGCAGGUCUAUGGAGAAUCUCUCUGGUCAUGGGUCUUCACACACAUGGGGUGAUUCAUCUGAGCUGGCGAUGAGCGCUGAAGAGGUGGACAUCAUCCUGCAGCGCAGUGAAGGCGGUGUGGACUCCGCUCUGACGUACGCUAAAACCAUCUCCAAAUACUUGAAGGAUCUCAUCGGAUACGUAGAGAGGAAGCUUGCGCUGGAGCUGGAGUUCUCCAAGGGUUUACAGAGGAUCUAUCAGUCGUGUAAACAGACCAUCACACAGCCACACAUGCCCUUCUUCACCAUCUACUCUCAGGCACUGGAGCAGGAUCUGGAGCAGAGCAAUGGCAUGCAUCAGGCUGCCGCAACUCUACAGAACCAGACCUUUAUCAUGCCUCUGAUGGUCCGCAAACAAGAGCAUGAGAAGAAACGCAAAGAGAUCAAGGAGCAGUGGCUGAAGGCCAAAAGAAAACUGAUGGAGUGUGACGUGAACCUACGCAGGGCUAAACAGGUCUACAUGACCCGCUGUGAAGAAUAUGAUAAAGCCAGGACAGCGGCGAACAGGGCCGAGGAGGAGGGCGGCAGUGCCACCACCAAAACACUGGACAAGAAGAAACGACUGGAGGAAGAGGCCAGAAACAAGGCUGAGGAAGCGGAGGCCACAUACCGGACCUGCAUUGCAGACGCUAUCACUCAACACCAGGAGCUAGAGCACAUGAAAGUCACUGUCCUGCGGGGGAUUCAAGAGGUCAUCAAGCAGACCGACCAGACCAUUCGAUCUGCCACCAUCUCCUACUACCAGAUCAUGCACAUGCAGACGGUCGCGCUGCCGGUCCACUACCAGACUCUGUGCGAGAGCAGUAAACAGUACGACCCGGGACAGCAGUACGGCACGCACGUCAAAGACCUUCAGAUGAGCGAAGAACCUGAAACGCAUUAUGAGUUUGAGGCCUACUCUGCCUCCUCUGUCCAGCAGUCGGUUAGGCCGCGCACCGACAGCGCUAAUGCUGAAGCUCAGAGCAGUGCUGAGGUGCCACAAACUGCAGGAGAGACUGGAGACACGAGCAGCUCACAGAAAGAUGAUCAGAAGAGGGCUCGAGGUCACAUGACUCACAAAUCCUGGGGCUCCACAGUGAGUGACACAGACAGUGUAGGAGGAGGAAGUGGCCUGGAAUCCCCGACUACCAGCACAGGUGAUAUUAGUAAAAUGACCAGGACGUCAUCUACAGGAACCAUGUCAUCAAAUGAAGAUAUAGAUGAGAAAGACGCAAAUGUUACUUCCUUUGAAACGCCAAAUAUAAAUGGCAUUGAGCCUGAGAUUGUGGUGCCCACUGGGCCCUUCAGGAACAUUGGCUUGUCAAAAGCCGCUCAGACGCACAAACUGCGUAAACUGCGCUCUCCAUCCAAAUGCAGAGAAUGUGACAGCUACGUUUAUUUCCAGGGAGCCGAGUGUGAGGAGUGUUUCCUGGCUUGUCACAAACGCUGCUUGGAGACUAUAGCCAUUCAGUGCGGCCACAAGAAGCUCCAGGGCCGCCUUCAGCUGUUCGGGCAGGAUUUCUUGCAGGUGUCCAGCAACAGUCCCGAUGGGAUCCCCUUCAUAAUCAAGAAGUGCAUCGCUGAGAUAGAGAGACGAGCUUUAAGGAUGAAGGGCAUUUAUCGAGUGAAUGGAGUAAAGACGCGGGUGGAGAAACUCUGCCAGGCAUUUGAGAACGGCAAAGAGCUGGUCGAACUAUCACAGUCAUCUCCACAUGACAUCAGUAAUGUCCUGAAGCUUUACCUGCGACAGCUUCCGGAGCCCAUCAUGCCCUUCCGCCUCUACAACAGUCUCAUGGGUCUGGCCAAGGAAAGUCUGGCUGUUGUGGGUCCAGAGGGAGCUGACAGUGGUAAAGGACCAGACCUGAUGGACCUUGGACCUGAGACGGAUCCUGAACUCUUGGUCCUCGUGGACAGACUUAAAAAUCUCCUGAAAGAGCUGCCCAAACCAAACACCGCCACGCUCCGCUACCUAGCGCGUCAUCUGAGGAGGAUUGCAGAACUGGAAGACGACAAUAAGAUGAGUCCCAGUAAUCUGGGGAUCGUGUUUGGCCCGUCACUGAUGCGGCCCCGGCCCUCGGGAGCCACAGUGUCUCUGUCCUCUCUGGUGGAUUACCCAUAUCAGGCCCGCAUAGUGGAGACCCUCAUCGUGUUUUAUCCCUCCAUUUUUCAGUCAGAGUCCAGUCGGCCUGCAAGCAGCAGCACCCGCACACAGUCUCUACAGCAGCAGAGCAGCAUUGAUGAAGAACGCUGCUCUAAUGAUGAACAAGGCCUCCCAGAUGAACCUGCAGCUGUUGAAUUAGACAAGCUGGAGGACCACGCAGAGAGUUGUACAGGAACCCCAGACUCUCUGGAGCACAGUCUGGACUUGGAUUCAGACCCAGAGGCAGAGCAGCCUGUUGAUGAAACGUCUAUCCAAAGCAGGCCAGCGGUACUCCUGGUGACCCUGCAGAGCUCCAGCGCUGACCCUCCUGCCCUCCCUGAGAGCGAACCACCAGAGCUGGAGGACCAGAGCCACUCACUAGCGGCCCUCAACAUCAACCAGAGUAACAACACCACCAAAACACUCACCUCUUGAGCCCAUCCGUCAAACCUUUGUGUUUUUAUAGACCACUUUUAAUAUUUAACAGCCUUAUAAUCUUGGUUCAUUUUAAAUCUCUUCAGCUUUUAUUUUUUUGCCAAACAGUGAUCCGGGCAUCAUCAUCCCAUCAUGCAUUGUAUGUUUUGAGGUUUUAUGCUUGUCUUUUAAUAUUAAUAAUAAUAAAAAACAAAUGAUUUACAAACCAUC